CCUAUUGGAUACAUUAUUUGUUUUUUUCUCCAAAUAGAAAUCAUAAGGUCAGUAUUUAAUGCAAAGAUUCUUAGGUUGUAUUUCAGGGCACAGAGCUGAUAUUACUUUAACUGAACCACUGACAACGGAAAAAAUGAGUCUUGUGGUAAAAUACUGGAAAACAUAUUUCUCAAAUACUGUUAAGAAUGAAAAUUCUGUGAAGCCUGAAGAACUUGGAUUGCCCCUGCAGAAGUCCUGCAGUGAACACCUGGGAUAUUUUUCUACUGAUCUAUUUGCUUGCUCUGAAUCUCUAAGAAAUGACUUUGGGCUUGAGCUAAAGGCUCCGUUGUCAGAUUUCGAGAAAAACAAAAAGAUUUCUCUUCUUCAUUCAAGCAAGGAAAAGCUGAGAAGAGAACGAAUCAAGUAUUGCUGUGAGCAGCUGCGGACUCUGCUGCCAUAUAUAAAGGGGAGAAAAAAUGAUGCGGCUUCGAUUCUUGAGGCAACAGUUGAUUAUGUGAAGUAUAUCCGGGAGAAAAUCUCUCCAGACAUUAUGGGCCAGAUUACAGAAGCACUUCAGAGUAAUGGGAGGUUUUGUAAGAAACACAUGCCCAUCCAGCUGUCCCUCCCAGGCACGAUCAUGGCACAAAGGGAAAACAGUGUGUUGACAAGCACUUAUUCACCUGUGAGAGGGAUCAGAUUCCUGGCUAAUAAGUGCUUGAAUGUGUACUCUGUUCCUGCCUCGGGGGGCUCCUUGGAUGAAGCUGUGAGAGGUCAGUCCAGCUCCACUUCAGAGAAUGCUGUGGGUGAUAUGUAUAAAGCUCGAAUUCCCAGCACAGCUCUCUCUCUCAAUUCCUUCCAUGCUGUCAGAUACUAUUCUAAAGUCAUCCCUUCCUAUGACGCAGCUGCUGUAACAAAUCAGAACAUUUCAGUUCAUUUUCCGUCAGCUGUGCCCAAAGUCUCAACGUUUCUUCCUCAGCACUGCAAUUCUGUGUUGGGCCAGAGCUGCACAACACAUCCCAACUGUCUGCAACAGUUUUGGGCAUAUUAAUAGCACAUGUUUGAAAUUCACACUCUAGACCACCUGUUGGGCGCAGUUUGGCAAUACAGGAAGAAUGGAACAAAGAAUGACCUUGAAAGCUAUGCCCAGAGACCUAAUAUCAAAAGAGGUUGCAUUGUAUGCCUUCUGAUGAAUGUGCUAAAAGCUUUUGCAGAUAGAAAAACGAGCAGCAAAAAUGCCAGCCACACACUUUCACUUACCUCCCUGCAUUCUUAGAUCUCCCCCUACGAGAGAGCUACAAGAACAAAUGGCCUAGGUGACCUAGACUCUUCGUUUCCUGAAAAAGUAUUCCACAGUUUAUGAAAAAAAGCACACUAUAAAGAAGAUCCGUGUAGACUUGAUAAAGUAAUAAGAUUGGGGAGGGGUAUUGAUACUCCAGUGUCGCUGAGCACAGAUAUUGCAACUUGAUUCUUAUUUUUAGUAUCACUGUGAAUUCCUGUCACUUAUUUCUAGGUGGUAUCUUUCUAGAGUUGACAUUUUAGAGAGCUUCUUUCAUUAUUCACCAUCCAAACUAAGACAUCUUAGUUUAAGAGAGGUGUUGACCUCCUCACUUGACUACUAAUGAAUAAAUUGAUGUAUUUGUUUUGCGUUUCAUAAUCCUUGAG